GUGUGGAAACGGUGAACCUGAGCCGCUGCUGCCGGAGGCAGAUUUGGUAGGCGGAGUAGAGGGAGAAGACGGGGGUUGACGGUGAGGUGAGGAGGGCAUCUAGGUCGUUGCUGCCAGGUGGCACAAACUUCUUCACGAUGUGGCUGAAGCCCGAGGAAGUGCUUCUGAAAAAUGCGCUGAAGCUGUGGCUGAUGGAAAGGUCCAACGACUACUUCGUGCUGCAGCGGCGUCGGGGCUACGGGGAGGAAGGAGGAGGGGGACUCACAGGGCUUCUGGUUGGGACUCUUGAUUCAGUCUUGGAUUCGACUGCUAAAGUAGCUCCAUUUCGUAUCCUACACCAGACACCAGAUUCUCAAGUCUACUUGUCAAUUGCAUGUGGAGCCAACAGAGAAGAAAUAACAAAGCAUUGGGAUUGGUUGGAACAAAAUAUCAUGAAGACCUUAUCUGUAUUUGAUUCAAAUGAAGAUAUUACUAAUUUUGUACAAGGAAAGAUAAGAGGAUUAAUUGCUGAAGAGGGAAAACAGUCUUUUGCAAAAGAAGAUGAUCCUGAGAAAUUUCGAGAAGCCCUAUUGAAGUUUGAAAUGUGUUUUGGUUUGCCAGAGCAGGAGAAGUUAGUGACCUAUUACUCAUGCAGUUAUUGGAAAGGACGAGUUCCUUGUCAGGGAUGGCUCUAUCUUAGCACCAACUUCCUGAGCUUCUAUUCUUUUUUGUUGGGAUCAGAAAUAAAACUCAUUAUCUCCUGGGAUGCAGUUUCAAAACUUGAGAAGACUUCAAAUGUCCUGCUGACAGAGAGUAUUCAUGUGUGUUCCCAAGGGGAAAAUCACUAUUUUUCAAUGUUUUUACAUAUUAACCAAACAUACCUUCUUAUGGAACAGCUAGCAAACUAUGCCAUAAGGAGACUUUUUGAUAAGGAAACAUUUGAUAAUGACCCAAUCCUUGAUGAUCCUCUACAAAUCACCAAAAGAGGCCUAGAAAAUCGAGCCCACAGUGAGCAGUUUAAUGCCUUUUUUAGGCUGCCCAAAGAAGAGACUUUGAAAGAAGUACAUGAAUGUUUCUUAUGGGUACCAUUCAGCCACUUUAAUACACAUGGAAAAAUGUGCAUCUCAGACAACUAUAUCUGCUUUGCUAGCCAGGAUGGCAGUCUAUGUAGUGUAAUCAUUCCAUUACGAGAGGUCUUAAUUAUAGAUAAGACAGAUGAUUCCAGCAAGUCUGUUGUCAUUAGCAUCAAAGGAAAAACAGCUUUUCGCUUCAGUGAAGUUAAAGACUUUGAGCAACUUGUGGCAAAACUCAAGCUCAAGUGUGGCACAACUUCAACUCAAUAUCAUGAUACUAGCACAGAGGUUGCUGUUAGUGCUGAUUCUACAGUCCCACCUGAUCAUUUUGAGGUGCAAUCUUUGACAAGUCAAAAAGAAUGUAGUAAAACUGUGAACACUGAAGCCUUAAUGACUGUAUUUCACCCACAGAAUUUGGAAACUCUUGAUUCUAAAAUGUUGAAAGAAAAGAUGAAGGAACAGUCUUGGAACAUCCUGUUUGCAGAAUGUGGGCGUGGCGUUAGCAUGUUUCGGACCAAAAAGACUCGAGAUCUAGUUAUAAGAGGAAUUCCAGAGACCUUAAGAGGAGAGCUGUGGAUGGUUUUUUCAGGUGCUGUUAAUGACAUGGCUACUAAUCCUGGUUAUUAUGCUGAAGUGGUUGAGCAGUCCUUAGGGACCUGCAACUUGGCUACUGAAGAAAUUGAACGUGAUUUGCGUCGCUCCCUGCCUGAGCAUCCAGCAUUUCAGAGUGACACUGGCAUAUCUGCUCUAAGGCGGGUACUCACUGCUUACGCAUAUAGGAAUCCCAAAAUUGGAUACUGCCAGGCUAUGAACAUUUUGACUUCAGUGUUACUUCUGUAUGCAAAAGAAGAAGAAGCUUUUUGGCUUCUGGUUGCUGUAUGUGAACGAAUGUUGCCUGAUUAUUUCAAUCGUCGAAUCAUUGGUGCCUUGGUAGAUCAAGCAGUCUUUGAAGAACUCAUCAGGGACCACCUUCCUCAACUGACAGAACACAUGAACGAUAUGGCAUUCUUUUCCUCAGUUUCUCUUUCAUGGUUCCUCACACUUUUUAUUAGUGUUCUGCCUAUUGAAAGUGCAGUAAAUGUGGUGGACUGUUUCUUCUAUGAUGGAAUAAAGGCCAUUUUACAACUGGGAUUGGCAAUCCUUGACUAUAAUUUAGACAGACUACUGGCAUGCAAAGAUGAUGCUGAAGCCGUGACAGCUUUAAACAGGUUCUUUGACAGUGUCACUAAUAAGGAUAGCCCAUUGCCUUCAAGUGUUCAGCAGGGUUCCAAUGUGACUGAUGAGAAAAGCAGUCAAACUAGAGUGGAUAUUACAGAUUUGAUUAGAGAGUCCAAUGAGAAAUAUGGUAAUGUUCGUUAUGAAGAUAUACAUAGCAUGCGCUGUCGAAACAGACUGUAUGUAAUUCAGACCCUGGAGGAAACAACAAAGCAGAAUGUAUUGCGUGUUGUGUCACAAGAUGUGAAGUUGAGCCUUCAUGAAUUGGAUGAACUUUAUGUCAUCUUUAAGAAAGAACUGUUUUUAUCUUGUUAUUGGCGUUUGAGUUGUCCAGCAUUGAAGCACCAUGACCCCAGUCUGCCAUAUUUGGAGCAGUAUCAGAUUGACUGCCAGCAAUUCAGAGUAUUGUAUCACUUGUUGAGUCCUUGGGCUCAUUCUGCAAACAGAGACUCGCUGGCGUUAUGGACAUUCAGAUUGUUGGAUGAAAACUCUGACUGCCUUAUAAACUUCAAAGAAUUCUCCUCUGUCAUUGACAUAAUGUACAAUGGAAGUUUUACUGAGAAGCUUAAGCUGCUUUUUAAGCUGCACAUUCCUCCAGCUUAUACUGAAGUAGAAUCGAAGGACUCUUCAAAAGGAGAUGAACUUUCCAAGGAAGAAUUACUUUAUUUCAGUCAGCUCCAUGUUUCCAAGCCUACAAGUGAGAAGGAAGCAGAAUCAGCAAAAAAGAGCCCUGAAAAAGGCAAAGGAAAAAUUGAUAUUCAAGCCUAUCUAACUCAAUGGCAAGAUGAGCUUUUCAAAAAAGAAGAAAACAUUAAGGAUUUACCACGAAUGAAUCAGUCGCAGUUUAUUCAGUUUUCAAAGACCCUCUAUAACUUGUUUCAUGAGGACCCUGAAGAAGAGUCAUUAUAUCAAGCCAUUGCUGUCGUAACCAGCCUUUUGCUCAGGAUGGAAGAAGUUGGCAGGAAACUACAUAGCCCUACGUCACCGGCCAAAGGAAUCUCUGGCACAGUCUGUGCUUCUGCAGGCCCCAGUGAGGGGAAUCCGGAGAGCCGCCUAGAGAAAGAUCCCUCCUCUCUUAAGGAGGAACCUCAGUGGUCAUUUGCAUUUGAACAGAUUCUUGCAUCUCUCUUGAAUGAACCAGCCUUGGUGAGGUUUUUUGAGAAGCCCGUAGAUGUAAAAGCCAAGAUAGAAAGUGCAAAAUCUUCUCAGUUAAAGCGUAGAACCAAGAUGUAAAUCUCUUAACAAUAAUUGCCUAUCAUAGACAAGUUUACCAAGAUUCCUAUAGCAUGACAGCUUGAUUCCAGGGAGUAGGGCUCAGGGAUUUAUCUUGCUAACAGUGUAUUUGAAGGCAAAAAAAAAAAAAAAGCAAGAUAUUUCAGAAUCAAGAUGAUUCAUUACAAUUCUUACAUUUCACAAGAUACGCAUUAUCAGAGGAAUAUACUAAAUGUUACCACUAGAGGGCACCACUAUAUCAUGUUUAGUAAGGAAAUUACUGGCUUGUGCUGCUGUUUACAUAUGAAUUACUAAUGAUUUUGAGAAAAUGAAGUUGUGUUUGAGUAUUAAUGAUGUAGAUAUGUCAUAUUGAUAGCUACUUUCCUGAAUUGCCUCAGUCCUCUUUGAGUACUUUAGAAAGCUGAACCCAUAGAUCUAUAGCCUUAAUUACCAUUUGGGGCCCUCAUGCCUCAAGUUAUUUAACUGAAGUGGCACUAAUUUUUAAAGUUAAUCUCAUGCAGUCUAGUAAUAAAUAUCAUUUUAGUAACUUCUUCAGUCUCCUUACCUGCACAGUUCAGAAGCUACUGACUCACACUACUAACUCUGUUACUGAUAAAAACAAAUCAAGAGUUCUAAACUUGGGGCUGACAUAAAGAAAACAAUAUUACCAAAAAAUACUAUUUGUUCUUUAAAUAAUACCAUUCUCAAGUGGUGCAGAACCUUGACGGAAUAUUAUAUUUGUACUUAAGCUGUAUAAAGCCAGCCUUUUGAGAAUGGUUAAUGAACAGUUCAAUUAGACUGAGAAAUUACUAGAAAUCUUUUAGAGUGCAGCUGUUUGUGGCAUUUGUGUCAGAGUUGCUUGUGACUGCUUUGAUUCUAGCUUGAGAUUUUGGAUUUUCAUGUUUUAAUUUACAUGUAUAGUAAUUUACAUUUAUAGUAAAUAGUUGUGCUAAGACUGAAUUAUAGUGUUAGUCUGACAAGCAUGUAGUACAUACUUAUAUGUGAUGAUUGCCAAGGUAAUGAAUGAGUAGAACCUUAAAAAGUUGUGACUAUCUGAAUGAGAUGUGCAAUUUCCCUAUACUUUAUGCUGCUUAUAUUUCAGUCAUUUCAAUGACAGUCCAUUUAGAGAUAAUGGACUUUAUUAGCACUUUUGAAAACUGUAAAAGAAGCAAACUACGUUUAUCCACUUGUCUGUGCUCUUUCUGACAAGAGCAAUAUAUUAAUUCACUUAAGAAGUUGGAGCAGGAAGCCUCCACUGGGGCUUCUUUCUUCACAAGACUUUGAUUUGAAGCCCUGGGACUUUUCUAGCUGUGAAACAAUGAAAGGGCAGAUCUCCUUUAUAGUGACCUAACAAGUCUCCUCUUCUGGCAAGGACUUAGGAUAGUCAACCUUUGGCAAGAGGUUGCCACCGUGAACAAGGCCCAACACAGAGGGCUUUGUCAACAUAGAAUACAUCAUUUUCCUAGAAGUUCGAGAAAUUUCAAGUUGAGCCUUUGAAAACAUCAUACAUUGGGCUUGGCCACACACGUUCUAGUAGUGUCUUUAAAAUGAUUUGAUCAGCAUUGUCUUUUUUUAAGAAAAUCACCACUUAAAGAGAUAGUUGGUAAAUAAGCAUCUGUAUCUUUUCUUGAAAUGUGUCCACAUUUUAAAGCGUAUUUAAUGGUUUAUAUGAAAACUAUCAUACAUCUGCUAUUAUACAGCAAUUGUUAAAUUAUAUAUAUUAGCCCUAGAAAGACACAUAGCCCAUGCUUAUACAAAGACACUAUUAUAUACAGUUUGUUAAAUAUUUUGUCGAUUGUAUUUACAAAAAAAGAUACUUUCUCAAGAGCAUAUAUUAAUAUUUGAUAUAAAUUUAAAGUCAGAAUAGUGAAGAGUACUGAAUAUUGUAUUUUAGCCUAGAUUAAUUAAAAUUAAAUACUGACAGGUUUUAGAGUGGCAAAACGAUUUAAAAUGCAAGCUUAAAAAGACAUUUAUUUUUGGAGUCAACAGGAGACUCAAGAUGAACACAUUAUAGUUUUAUAGUUUCAGUCUUGUUCAACAAAUGGGUUAUUCUUAAUAUUAAAGAUAUGUAUGUGUCAAACUGAACUAGUGCAUUAUGCCCUAUACAUUAAAUUUGUGUUUUAAGGUGGUUUUACUUGCCUUUAUAAAAAUAAAUAUUAUAAAUC